GCGUCUUAUUUACCAUUGAAAUAGUUAGCUUGAGGACUUGAGCACUAUUAUGGCUGUGAGUAUCAAAAGCAUAGCUACUAUAGUGGCGGCACUUGGUGUCAAAGCCUUUGUAUUUGGAAUUCUGGCUGAAAUAAAAAAGCCCGCUUCUGGAGAGGCUAGCAUGUCACAUGGAGUUGUUACCUGCAAAUAUCCAUCAGACCCAGCAGUCUUUUUUGGCUUCUUAUCGACCGCAGCACUCAUUGCUUGCACGUUAGUUGGGAUCUGUUCUAUAUUUUAUCCUUACAAGGGCAAAUCUGUUCCUUACAAGGGUUUGUUUCACAGCACUCGCAUGGUUGUGUUCUUCCAAAUUGCCCUGUCGGUGUCCAUGUUGGCUGGAGGGAUGCUGCUGUGGGCAACAACCACUGAGCUCAUUCACUUGACAAAAAAUGUGCACCGUCAUAACGUGGACAGUACUAAUUGUCCCACAGCCAAGACUGGUCUCUUUGGCGGUGCUGCCUUCUUGGCUUUAGAUGCUUCCCUCUUCUGGCUGGUUUGCCUAAUGCUCACAAGCAACGCUAGAGAGGACUACUUUGAUGAAGCAGGAGAGGAACAGAAAGGUGAAUAUGGUCAAGUUCUAAUUACAGACUAUGAGACCACAGGAGGAGGCAAAGCUUGAAAUAUCAAGCGGACACGGUGAGAGGAUCAAACAUUAUUGAAGAAAAAUAAGAAAUAUUUUCCUGCUGAAUGUUAUUUACAAUAUGAACAUGAAAGACUUUGGUGUGGAUGUGUUCUUUUCUCUCUGUUCAUUCCUGUUGUUAUUUUCUCUGUUCAAUUGAUAUGCUCAUUAUAAUAUAGCAACCAAGCAAGCAUCA